AUUGUCAGGGUAAAGAAACAGCUUUAUUAAUAUGUUGGCUUUGCUUUAUCUGACCUCUCUUCUUCCAAACAGCCUUUCAUAGUAAUGAUUCUAUGGCCUUCUCCCUCCCUUCAUCUUUUUCUCUGAUAAAAAAUCUUCUUCCAAAAACUUUGAAAACUCCCCCCACAUAUAUAUUAGUACAUGCUGCUUUGAUUAUUUUCAUGCUUUUGCUUCUUUGGCUUUCUCUGUGUAUGUAAAAGUAAAAAAACACCCUGCAACAUAUAUAGCAGUGGAGGGUGCAGAAAAUCUUGUCUCAGAUCCCGAUAUACUCACACCAUUAACCUCAUAUAAACAUUAUUUCUCUUUCUUCCAAUAAGAACACACACACACACUCCACAAUAUAGGCUCUGAUCACCUUACUUCACUCUCAACUUUCAACCACAAGGGUCUUUCUUUGUGGUCCUUAACUACUUGAUUGAUGAUCAUUUCUAUAUACAUAUAUCAAUACCACCUCUUUUUCCCUUCUUUACUCCCUUUUUCAGUUUUCCUCUAAUACGUUAUUUAUAUAUAGGGGGGGGUUGUGGUUCCGAGAAAUGCAAGAACCAGGGUUAGGUAUGAUGAGUAGUGGUGGUGGGAGUGGUGGAAUUGGAGGGUUAAGCAGCGGAGAAGUGUCGGUUUCCGGUGAGCAGAACCGACAGCUGAAGGCUGAGAUAGCUGUUCAUCCGCUAUAUGAGCAGCUAUUAGCAGCUCAUGUUUCUUGUCUCCGUGUGGCAACGCCAAUCGACCAGUUGCCUUUGAUUGACGCACAGUUAGCACAAUCUCAUAACCUUCUUAGAUCUUAUGCUUCACAGCAUCAUCAACAUGGUCAUUCCCUAUCACCCCAUGAAAGACAGGAGCUCGACAACUUCUUGGCACAAUAUUUGAUAGUUCUGUGUACUUUCAAAGAACAGCUUCAACAACAUGUCAGAGUCCAUGCCAUUGAAGCUGUCAUGGCUUGCCGUGAAAUCGAAAAUAACUUGCAAGCUCUUACUGGAGUCACGUUGGGUGAAGGAACAGGUGCAACAAUGUCAGAUGAUGAGGAUGAUAUGCAGAUGGACUUCUCUUUGGAUCAAUCCGGCACCGAUGGGCAUGAUUUAAUGGGUUUUGGUCCCUUGGUUCCUACUGAAUCCGAAAGAUCUUUAAUGGAGAGGGUUCGCCAGGAGCUCAAGAUUGAAUUGAAACAGGGUUUUAAAUCUAGAAUCGAAGAUGUGAGGGAGGAAAUUUUACGGAAAAGAAGGGCUGGGAAAUUACCAGGUGACACAACUACGGUGCUAAAGAACUGGUGGCAACAACACUCAAAGUGGCCAUACCCAACUGAAGAUGAUAAGGCCAAACUUGUGGAGGAAACAGGAUUGCAGCUAAAGCAAAUCAACAACUGGUUCAUCAACCAGAGGAAGCGUAACUGGCAUAGCAACUCUCAAUCUGUCACCUCUUUAAAGUCGAAGCGAAAACGGUAGAGGUGAAUAAAUUCAAUGAGAAAUGGAGAAGAAGAAAGUUUGAGCAUGUUGAUGUCAACUUCUUGCGGUAAAUAGCUGUGGGCUAACAUUUUGUGAAGGUAAAGUGGGAAGUGAGGUGGUUUCAAGAAACCUAAGUACAUAGAUUGAGUUUUAUAUGGCUUACAUGUUGUUUAGUGUGUAGAGUGGAUUCGAGUUUCUAACAAAGUAAACAUACUAUCAGACCUCAUUAUUGUGAUGUAUGUCUCUAAUUUCUAAUAUUCGCUUAUGGAAAAUUUACUAGUUGUGAUGUGA